AUGAGCGCCGACACUAUCGCCGACUUCCUUGCCGAGCAGCGGGAUGAAGCGCCCGAGGAGCUGCAGCCUUUGAUUCUCGACUUUGAGGACUUCUGGGAGCGCAAGCUGUGGCACCAGCUCACCGAUGCACUUGUCAGCUUCUUCAAUCACGAGGGCAGCGCCCCGCAACGCAUGGCCUUCUACAGGGUCUUCAUCCUCAAGUUUGCCGACAAAAUCAACCAGCUGAAGCUAGUACAGCUCGCUCUGAAGGCUGCCACACAAUGCGAUGACCGCGAGCGCUUGGCCCUGAUGCAGUCCGUAGCUAAGAAGGUGGACAAUGAGAACACCCAGGAUGCUCUGGUCUAUGCCCUGGUUGCCGUCGCCAGGGUAAAGCUGAGCCUGGGCGACCUUGAUGGGGCGAGGAAGGACCUGGACGAUUCUGAGAAGAAACUCGAAUCUUUCGAUUCUGUCGAGACAAUAGUCCACGCAGCAUUCUACGAUGCUAACGCCAGCUACUAUCAGCGUAAGAUGGACUUCGCCAACUAUUACCGCACUGCCCUUUUAUACCUUGCCUGUGUCGAUCUCGACACCAUGACUGAUGUCGAGCGCCACAAGAGGGCAUACUAUCUAAGUGUUGCCGCCCUAGUUUCUAACAACAACUAUAACUUUGGUGAGCUGCUGCUCCACCCCAUUCUCGACGUUCUCGCCAAAAGUGAGGACGAUGCUUGGCUUCGCGAUCUCUUAUUCGCCUUCAACCGAGGUGACCUCGCUGCCUACGAUGUACUCUCCGACCACAUCUCCGAGAACAGGCUCCUGAGCGAGCACUCAGCGCACCUGCGCCAGAAAAUUUACCUGGCAGCCCUGACGGAGGCUGUCUUUCGCCGCCCGCCCCACGACCGUGCCAUGACCUUUGCCACUAUCUCGCAAGAAACCAAGGUUAAGCCUGAAGAAAUUGAGCACCUUAUUAUGAAGGCUCUCAGCCUGGGACUGCUCCGCGGUACCAUCGAUCAGGUAGACGAGGUCGCGCACAUUACUUGGGUUCAGCCCAAGGUGUUGGACAUGGCCCAGGUGUCUAACCUGCGCGACCGUCUGCUGGACUGGGACUCAAGCGUUAACCAGCUUGGAAACUGGAUUGAAGGAGCUGGAAAGGACGUGUGGGCAGCAUAG